CCGUCGGCGGACUCCCCUCGUGGCCGGCUCGUAGCGCGCGUACCGCUCGCGUACACGUCUCCGCGUAAAAAUAAAGUCCACAGCGCGCGUCUGCGCACUUCAACUCAUUUAUAAUUAUUAGUAAAUCGCGGCGCGAGCGCACGACUGCCGUGACCGGGCGCGCUUGCGAAAAAGAAAUUCGUUUCAAUUCAAACACACGAACCCUUACGUGACAUAGACUGUGACGACCGACGCGAAAUCCCUAUCAUGAGAAUUAACUUGUAAACGAAACGACUCCUACGCAUAAAACACCGGUAUUUCGUAACGUGUGAGAUCACAACUGAUUAAAAAUUUACAAGGUUUUUCAUUGAUUACCGAAGUGAAAUAGUGAUAAAAGUGAGUUAUUUAUUUUAAUUAUGCCUGAAAGGCCAAAGAGACGCAAAAAUAAUAAAAAUAAACGGAAGAAUAAUAAAAAUAAUCGAAGUGAUGUAAAUAAAAAUAAUACAGAAGAAAAUGAAACUACCGUUGUGGAAUCUAGCUCGGAUGUUACGACGGAAGUCACAAAUGAAAAUAAAAACGAAAUAGUUAAAGAAGAUUGUGAUGAACCGAUGAACUUAACAUGUGAGAACUUACCUGUGCAUAUCAAGUCUAAAAUAAGUACUUUAGAUGAAGCACAACAAUGCGAUACCACACAAAGAAAGCAAAAUAGUGAUGAUGACUCUCUUGUAUUACCGUCGUAUAUCGUUGAAACUCCUGACCAAACUAUUAAAAUAAAGCCAAAAUUAGAUAAUGGAAUGAAAAGUAAGAGUUGUGAUAAUGAUGAUAGCCCUACCAUAGUUGAAAUCACUGAAGAUGUAAAUAAUCAAAGUGAUAAAAAAAUUAACGCUUCUGCUAUUGACAGUAGCCAAGCAAUAGUAACACACGAUGAAUCAAAUAUCGAAUGGGAAAAUGUAGACGAUUUUAAAUUACCCCAAACAGAAUUGAUCGAAGGUGUGUUAUCGAGUACAACAAUACCACUCAAUGUUGCUGAAUGUGAGCACACUAAAGCUCUCAGCCCUGAAGAGGAAUCAUCCUUGCGAAAUUACUUACAAACAUUGAACUUAUCCACAAAUUCUACAAAUUUUAACGCAGGAGAUAUUAAAACAGAAAUAGAACAGCUUAUUAAUCGCGAAGUAAAAUACAGACUUCGAAGAAAGGGCUUUACUGAAGAUAUUAUAUACCCUCGUGCAGGAACAUCAAGAUCUUUAGGCGUAAUUGAUGAAGAGGGAAGUAGCGGGUCUUCUAAAACAUCACAGCGCCACUCAUAUUUAAGUGAUAAAAAAAGUGAUACUGAGGAACUGGAAGAUGAGGUAUUUGAAUGUAAAAAAGAACAAAAUCUUAGAAAUAAAAAUAUUGAUUUUAUGACCCAAACAUCUAGACAUUUAAUACCGCAAAAAUGUAUUCGAGUAGAUGCAAAACUUAAGGAGCCUGAAAUAUCUGAAGCACGAGGUGAUUGGACCGUCAAGACUGUUGAAAAAUUGUCUGGAGCUGAAUUAGUUUAUUUGACUGACUCUUCCAGUAGUACUAGUUCCAUAUAUGAUGCGAAUGAUGAUUUUAGUAAAGGUGAAGAAGCUGAUACGUCUGUGCGCAUAAUAACUCCAACUAUUGAGGUAACCGAUGCAGAAACAAUGCUUUCAAAUACGUUUUUAGUAAAAAAUUAUAAUAUCAAUGCUAAAGAACCUCGAGAAAAUGAUAUAAAUGACGAUAAGAUUAAUCUACAGUUAUUAAAUAACAAAGACUCAGAUGAUAUAAAAACAUGUGACUUUUCAUACAAUGAUCCACAUUCGAAUGGCAAUGAACAUGAAAUUAUUGUUUUAAGUACUGAUAAUUUAAAAACAAAUUUAUUCGUUAAAGAUUUGGAGGACGAAAACAUAUUAUCAGAAAAAUGUGACCUAGAACAGAAAAAUGAACAAAUAAAAAUAAAUAAAAAAUCUCCAAAUGAUAUAGACGAAUACGAUCUUGAAAUAAAAGUUCUUAAGUGCGAACUGAAUGAUGCUAUAAAUAACUUAAUAAAAGAAGUCACUUCUGAUUCUGAAAAUAGUAAUGAAUGCUCAAAGGACACAUUCAAACGUCAAGAUUCUUCUAGCAGUAUUGAUUCUUCCCAAUGUACAGCUAAAUAUAACCCAACACAUUCUUCCCUUAAUGACGUAUCCAAUUUAAUACAUGACGAGGAAUAUGAAAAUAUAAAUAAAGAAAAUAUGGAAAAAAGUUCAAGUGCUAGUCAUGUAAAAGAUGUGCUUCAUUGCGUCACUACAAAACUUCCAUUAAUUGAUAAAAAUAUAAACAACAAAAACAUCUGUCCUACGACUCUAAGGGACAUAUGUCUUAAAAAAAUUUCUUCUUUUCCAUUCGGAGAAAAGAUAUUAGAAGAACUAGCUUAUGUAUCUCAACGACUACAAAAUACCGUUCUUGCUUCACAAUCUCAAGAGAUUAUCCCAAGCACAACUCAAUCCCGUAAGGAAAAUAUUCAAUUGCCUCCUCCUCCAAUAAAACCAAGGAAGUCAUCGUUGAAAAUAACUAAGGAAGAACAAAAUAAACCUCCUGUGCCAGCACGUAAUGAAUUAAUUUAUGAAUGUUUAUCUCCAUCUCAAAAAAUGUUGAUGGAAAAGACUAAUACAAUAAUAGAAAAAGAUGAGAUACCUCAAAAGGUUGAACCGUACAUCAGCAGAGCUGAUGAAAAGGACAAAAAUAAUCAAAAAGAGUUAAUAAGUGGAAAUUCUAUAGAAAAGAUUCCAAUGAAAUCGCAAACUGGAAGCAGAUUAUUAGCUUUACUUCGUGAUACGUCUAAUUCACCAAAAUUAAAUUCAUCUACCACAUCAAAUGUAAAUUCUAAAUCAUCACAAGUAAAACAUAACAGUGAAUCAUAUUCAAAAAGACUGUUAGAAGAAAUUAACACGACAGAAAUACCAACAAGAAAUAAACAUUAUCCACCAGUGCUAUAUGAUAAUAGUCCGAGAUAUGUAUCACCGCGUAGGUCUAAUAUGUCUUCUUAUUGUUAUGAGAGUGAUUCUGGAAUUAGAGAUAAAUCAUUUCAUACUAUGCAAAACAGCAAGAAAUAUUUUCAUUAUUCCACUGGCAAUUUAAGCAAAGAAAUCGAAAGUGAUAUUACUUCAAUUCAAAACAUGCAUAGAUAUUGUACGAACUUAAGAGACCAAAAAAUCAAAAACGAAGACAUCAGGCCUCGCAGACCAUCUUUGCCUAAAGAUUUAUGCGAUCAACAAAUGGAAUAUAUUCGCCAAAAAGAAAAGGAAGUAGAUGCAGAGAUACGUCGAUUAGAGCAGGAAAAUUAUAAAAAAAAUAAUAGAGGUCCUAGAGCUCCAAUGUUUUCAGAUAAAGAAAGCGGUUACGACCAAACAUUUGAUUCAAAAAAUAAUAAUUAUUCAAAAAAGUAUUUUUCUGUCCAUCAAACUCCUACGCGUCCAGAGAGAAGUAAAAUAUCCUCUUUGUUUAGCAGCAGUGAAGAAGAAUUACUUAGAGAAAAAAUGUAUUCCGAAUAUGUUAAUCAAAUGGCUGAAAGAGAGCAAAGGAAACAGCAAAAAGUUAUCAAGAUCACCCAAACACCUAUCCACAGCAAUGCAACAUCAAAAAGUAUGCCAGCACUGGAAAGUUUUAAUUCAAUGAACAAUCGUAUAGAACAGGAAUUUAUAUCAAAAGCCAAAGAAAGAUGGUGUAAAUUAGGUAUUGAAGAUCCCGAAACUGAAGACGAGCGAGAGAAAGGAAAUAAUGUUUAUAGGGAACCAAGAGUAAUAGAACAUAAAAUUAAAGUGAUUGAAUCCGGUGAAGAAAAGGAUGUUCAAAAACUGCCUAGUCAUAUGCAAGAAUUUGUGAGAUUUACUGUAAAUGAUAAGGGCGACGAAAAUGGUUGUACUGAGACCGUGAUGAUAGCGCCGACGUUCAAAGCGCGUUCGUCCUCGCCAGCCAUUUGGCGGCCCGGGGCGCCAGCGGGGGGCGUAACGCCAAGCGCGGAAAGCCCUAGCGCACCACCGCCUCCGCCGCCGCCCAUAUGGUCUCCGAGCAGUAACACCACAUCACCACAGACACCGAGGAAAACCUUCCGUCCGGUUCAUUUUGAAGACACGCCACCACCUAGACGAAAGUUUGGUAGUUCUGAUCAGAACGGUUGCACGAGCGGUUCAGAAAGCGAAGGCCGUCUUCGGACCUCGUUAAGCGCACCGGUUACUGGACUGAAUACCUUGGGGUCUUCCAGCACUAGUCGUCUACCGAGAGCCCAGAACCCAACCGUCACACUGUUGCAGAAAGCACGUGAAGGUCAAAUCUCUCGUGGACUGAGCAAUUACCCACAGGAGAGAGAUCCCCGCCUUCCACGUGACCGACCAUCGCCUCCCAAAGGUGACCCAGUGCAUGCAUUACGGAAAGAAUACGCCAGCGAGGGCGAAGGCGACCGCAGUGAUUACGAGCGGAGUCAGAAAAUGAAUGACGUUAAGAAGAAAAUCGAAGGAAUCGGACCAACUACCAAAGACGGAAUGCCCGUAGCACUCAGAUCUGAAGUGAAAGACCCAUCGAGGUGGUACAAAAAAAUGUACGACACCAUACACAAAAACAAAUACGACGAGGAUUAUGUGACUAUACGAUACAAAAACCGCCGAGGUGAAUUACAAAGACCAAAUAGCAACAGGUCGCAGUAUGCGUACUUCGAUCCCCGUUCUGGGUACCUCAGUGAACCUGAAGGCGGUCUCAGCAGGCUAGCAUCAAGCACGUGGAGUGAUGCAUAUGACAGUGAUGUCACUACCGGUCCUAGACGACGUACUGCCUCAGUACAGGAAGACAGAAGAUAUGACGAUACAUCAUCCUAUGAAGCGAAUAACAAAUACAGCACAUUAGCAUCAGGAAGAGCCCGACAGGAAGUAUACAAAAGCCAACCAGGGAGAAUAGAGAACUACGUGCCAGGAAAAUCUUCUGUGAUCGACAAAGAAGCCAAACAGUGGUGGGACGAGGUCAUGGACAUUUUUGACGGGUGGUUAGACGAGAAUUCCCCUCUGCCUCCUUACUCCACAUUACUCGCUCGUGCUAUCCAGAAGAGUCAAAAUGAAUCAAGCGCACUGUCCCAAUCUCAGGCAUCACCUAAGGAAAAAAAAGAUCUUACAUCUGCUAUUCUAUCAAAAUCUAAUAUGGCAAGGGCUUUGAAAGAAUCCGGAUACGAAUCUGACUCGACGUUAAUAUUUCGACGCAGAGAAGACACAGAGGCGCCACUGUCACCGGCUGAAAGACGCGCAGCCUACAAAGACUUACAGGCUGGCGGGGAACCCCCGCUUAGAGGAUUUCGAUCACCAGCUCCGCCUAGGCAAGAUGAAUCAGAAAUCGAAUAUAUUCCAAUAUCAUCGACUUUAACUAAAAUACGAGUACAUAAAAAAUCACCUCAAGUACAUGAAAUGAUAUGUUAUCCUGUUACGGGAUUCGACAAUAUAUAUGGAAAAAAAUUACAAUAUUCAGAAUUAAAAAGUGUGACUGAACCUCCACCAAAACCACCUCAAAGAAGAUCUUCAAAAAACAGUAAAACGCUUAAACUUGUAACAUCAACAAAGCCAACCCGGGACAACUUUACACAAUCUAAUGUAGAUUUUUUAAAAGAUAAAAUAUCUAACAAGUUAAAAAGAGAAGAUACUCAUAUCAUAAUAAAAAAAAAUCCAGAAUCGUAUCCUAAUAGAAUUUUAUCAACUUCUGCCCCACCCGCAAUAAAUAAAAUGAAAAGUUCAAUUUCGUCAACGAAAGUCAAACAAAAAAUGAAUUUAAGUUAUCCAAAACCUAGUACAACAAGCAGCUUCAGUUCACCGAGAAGAACGAUGUUACCGAUUAAUUAUUCUGGAUGUAAAUUUGGCGAUUCUUCUCAAUCAGUAACAAUCGAAGGCGGUGUAGGUAGAAGAACACCAAUAACGAAUAUAUUGGAUAAAGUUACUUCUCUGGAUAAGCUAUGGAGUUCUCAAAAAAGAAAUGAAUGUAUCGAUACGUCUAAAAUAAAACCUAAGAGUGUUUUAAAAAAUGCAACUGGCUCAAAAGAAACAUCACCCAAAGUUGUGAAACAAGUAACAACGAGCGUAACUCAUAAAAGUAGAGAUAUGAUACGUACGUCAGAAAAAGUAAAAAAAAAUAAAAUUUCCAAUAUUCAAUCUAAAUCUUCUCAAUGUCUUACGAACGAGCCAAAAUCAAUAACAAUCAAUCCCCUACAGAGAAUGACUAAUAUGUCUAAAUCAUCAACACAUAUAAUGACGCCAUCGAAAAAAAAUCCAAUAAAAACAGCACUCGUAACUAAUUUAAAAAAAAAGAAAUCAUUAGAGAAUGUAUUAAGUAGACCUCGCAGUGUACCAUGUGUGGGAGAAAAUAGUAAGAUAUCAAAGAGCUUAAAUAAAAAUAAUAUCACAAAAUCUCCAAACUCUAAAAAAAAUACAAAUAUUUUACCUGAAAAAACUGAAGACAGCAGUCAAUUUGGUGAUGUUUUAGACGAUGUAUCAAACUUUGGUUCAAUCGAUAAUUUUGAAUUAAAUGAUACAAAUAUAAAACAAGCAAGAAAUGCUGUUGUAUCAGAUUCAUUUUUUCAAAAUCUUUUUUUUAAGAAACCCUUCGUUUUAGCGUCUGAUAAUGUUUCGCAGCAUACUACAAUUAAUUCAGUUAUGGAGAAAGCAAAAGUUUUCCAAUCGUUGCCCGAAACUUAUUUAAGCCCAUCAAACUCAAUUAAUACAUAUUUGAUUCAUCGUAAGCCAGUUUCUCUAUCUCGUUUCAAAAUUUGGGACAGACGACUAAGUCCAACACAUAUCCAAAGCACUCGAUCCAUUUCAUGGCCAGGAAAAAUGGAUGGUAAAAUACGUAAAUUUGAAAGUUUAACUAAACGUGAAAGUGACUUUGGAUCUUCGUCAUCAUUAUCAACUAAUAGGAGCAAAAGUGAACCUCCCAUAAACAAAAUAUAUUUUUCACAAACUUCGCGACCUAUAUCACCCACAAUAGUAUUUCACAGAAAACAUUCUCCAUCAACGAGAAAGUCAGUUUCACCGACGAAAAUGUUUUUCUUACAUUCUGGAACAAAGUCACCCAAGAUUGAUAAACCUGUUAGAUCCAGCAAAUCAAUGUCACCAUCUAGAGUUAUAUUUUCUGAAUCACCAACUGAAACUACUUCAACGCGGUUAAGAGGUAAUUAUCAAAUAAUUAAAACUAAUUCUUUGGAAAAUAUAGAGGAUAAAAAUCAAGGAACUAUAUAUUUUUCACAAACAUCACGACUUGUAUCACCAAAAGUAAAGAAAACAGUAAGCAGGAGUCAAUCACCUGCAUCUAUUAGAUCCCCAUCAAGUCGUCGCAUACAUAAUGCACGUACUCAUACCAAGCUUGAAACAGAAAAAAAAGAAUACCGAAGACGUAGUGCAGAUAACGAAGAAAGAAAUGUAAAUAAAAACAAAAAAAUUCUAAGAACCAAAAGUGAUUCUAAUAUAAGUGCUAAUGAUCCUGACUAUGAUGAAUAUAUUCAAGAUAUCCAAAAUAUCAAAGGUAGAUCAGAAAGAUUUCGCGAACUCAAUCGGUACUAUGCCUAUUUGGAGAGGGUUGGUGAGCUAGAAAAGGCUACAUCUUCAAGAAAUUUAUUAUAUUAUAGAAAAAAAGACGAAGAAAUUAUUGAUUUUGAUCGAUGGAAAAAGAUUAGAAUAAUAGAGAGAGCUGAAGAAGAACUUAAUAACCUAUAUAGCAAACUUAAACGAGCUCAAAAUGAAGAUGACAUUCUUUUUUAUCCAAGAGAUGUAAAUGACUAUAGAUGGAAUUUUAAUAGAGAAAGAGGCUUAAGAGUAAAAGAAAAGUCAGUUGAAGAUUUAAAAGAAGAACUACAACAGAAAAAGUGUACCGAAGGCAUAGAAAUAGACCAUUCACAAUGUAAAGAUGCCUACAAGCCUCUUUGGAGAGGAACAAGCGUUGCAGAAACAGCUUUUAACAUAAAUAAUAAAAAUAAAGACAUUACAAAAUCGUACAAAGUACAACCAAACAAAAUUAACCUUCAAUUCGAUUCUAUGACUGAUUUGCGGAAAAAAAUCGGCCUUGGUAAUCGAUUGUGGAGUAGUUUAUCCAUGGACCAAGUAAACGCACUCAAAAAUCAACUUAAUGCUAUUUACGGUAAAGAAUUUAAUUCCAAGUCAAAUAAGGAUGAUGAAAAAUAUACGAUUGAAGUCAAAGAAAAAUCAACUAAAAAUCCUUCUUUGCAUGUUAGAUGCAGUUCUUUAAUUACACCUAAAACUAGUGCUCUUAAAACUACAAUAAAUAAAUCAGAAUCUAUUGCCGCUAUAACGUAUCCCAUAAACUUCGAAAAGGAAUUGAAAAACAAUGUUAAUAAAAUGCAAAUGACACUCAGUGAAAAUGAAAAGAAAAGAAUUUCCCAAUCUCUUAGUAAGGAGGUUUUGGAUAGAAUCAGUAAAUUCGAUACAUUUUCUUUGAAAGAAGAUAAUAAUUUUAAACAUCAAACUGAGUACACUAAAACAUUUGAAGAUACCAAUGUUAUAAAUAAACCAAAAAAUAUUGUAGUAACCGAUAAAAUAAAUCAAGCCGAUGAACCUAUAAAGAAGCUGUCACAAAAAAACGAAAUAUCUAAUACUUCUUCGGCUAGCGAAACUGAGACCGGCUCGGAUAUGUCUUCAAAAACGGUUAUUUAUAAAGGUCCUAAAAUAGAAGUACAAAAAAAAGUGGAAUAUUUCGAAUCAGUAAAAGAUGACAAGCAACCUCAAGUUAUUUACCACGCAAGAGAUAGUUCUGAUGAGAAAAACAUAUCAAAAGAAUACAAUAAAGUUGAGGAAAACAGAGAAACAAAAUUUGAAAACAAUCAAAUAUUUCAAUCUCAGUCAUGUGCAGAUAUUAAAGAAUUAUUUGGGGAAAGUGAAAAAAAUAAAUUUUUAUCACUUCCUUUAAAGGCUGACCUAAAUUCAAGAUCAACAUCGCCUCAAUCGGAACUGUAUGUAAGCGAUCGAAGAACGCCUGACACGCGAUUUUCAAGUGACGAGACGAUCUGGCGUAGUCGAAGCCCGUCCCCCGAUCCGGAGCGUUAUUGGCGUGCUUACCUGAAACUAGCACGUGAGGGGGAAGUACGUCGCCUUGCAAGACAGUUUGACUCACCCUCUGCUGCUGGUGCAGUAUUACGUAGAUUUCGUAGCGAUCCCGAAAUUAUAAGAAACGACAUAAAAAAUUGGCCCUCUGAAAGGGCCUCCAGGCAAGAGAAAUGUAGAGUUUUAUUGCCAGUGGCACGAAUGCCACUUCGUCCAAAUAAUCGGUUUAUGCCACACAUCGACAUUAUAUCGAAGUUAGCUGCUCUUCGAAGACGCAAUUCAACAAGGUCACAUUCAGCAGAAGAAGCAUUGGAAUGUAGACCUGGAGAAGUGGAACGUAUUCGCCGUCGUUUUGAAGCGAUGUCACUUCUCGGACAAAUUUACACAUCCACACCUGAUGUAAGCGAGCUCCAAAAUAUUGCAUCUUAUUUAGCGGGACCGUGGAUAGCUCAUCAAUAUCCGAAACCGGAAGAUAACAAUAAACCUCUAAAAGAUCCGAAUACAUUAGUUCGCGGUCGCACUGCACCAACGAAAAGCGAAAAGAAUCAAUCAUUUAAAAAAAAUACAGUAAAAUUAAACUCAAUUCUUAAAAACGAAUCGUUAGCGAAACAAGCCUUCGAUCCAUCAGCCCACCGUCCGGCUAGCCGUUAUGAACCUCCUCGUACGCCUCCCCGGCCUCCACCUGCAGCGUGGCCCUAUCGUCUAGCGCCCUUUGUCACGCCAUCACGACACACGGUUACUUUUCAAGAAACCGAUUCCGCUCCUGAGCCACCACGUCGGGCAUCGCACGGCAGUUAUUCAGACUCAGAAUCUCCAAGCCGCCGAUACGUGGAGAGCGACGUGAACAUCCAUUACCGGUGUCCCGUGCGACACGACCCGUUACCACUCGUACCGGAGCGGGAACUCGCACGGCAGCAGGCUGAGCAUAUGAAACGACUUUACAGAGAACAGAAGAGAAAUAAAUAUUUACAGGAAAAUGAUAUACGUGCUGCAGAUAUAGAAGCAUUUGAUGCCUCAAUCAAGGAACUUCAGGAUAUGCAAAACAGACGUCAUCAAGAUAAUUUCAUGCCAUCACAAAAGACCGUCGUCCCGCUGAAUAGAUACGACGAAGCAGAAAAAAUUAUAGCAAAGGCGCUAUAUACUUUUAAUGGACAAACUGCACGUGAAUUGAGCUUUAGAAAAGGAGAUAUUAUAAAUGUUAGAAAACAAAUUGAUUCUAAUUGGUACGAGGGUGAAGUGCACGGGAAAAUUGGAUUGUUUCCUUAUAACUAUGUUGAAUUACUAAAAGGAGAUGGAGUACAAACCCUUAAAAAAUCCGCCGUCAUAGAAGGCAGAGCUAGAGCGAAGUUCGACUUCAUCGCACAAACAAAUCUGGAACUACCGUUAAAAAAAGGCGAAGUAGUCGUGUUGACGAGACGCAUAGAUCAUAAUUGGUGGGAAGGCAGAAAUGGGAAUAAAACUGGAAUAUUCCCUGAUAGCUAUGUUACCAUUUUGCAAGAGCCUAGUCAAAGUAAACCGGAACCUCAUCCCAUCCUCAACACCGGUAAGCCGGUCGCGUCUCCGGCGGCGCACGGGCUGCUGAACGGUGCCGACAAGCGCAGCAUGGGUGCUCAUCGCUACACGCCGCAGCCCAACAGCCCUGCGCUCGCCAACGCGCCGCCCGCCACCCAGCCUCUUGCUGGUUACGUAACGAAGUCAUCACAUUCGCUGUCCGCUUCGGAUCGUGGCUACGGCCCGCCGACUGGCGCCGGCGUCGACCUCAACAACACCGAGCCGCUCUAUGUGGACACCAACGCGGAGGCCGUCCCAUAUCGUGCAAUGUACAAAUAUAGACCACAAAACCCAGAUGAGCUAGAAUUAAACGAGGGAGACACCGUUUAUGUACUGGAAAAGUGUGAUGACGGCUGGUACGUCGGCUCCAGUCAAAGGACUGGACGAUUCGGUACUUUCCCUGGAAAUUACGUGGAAAGCAUCUGAAAGCGCCACACGUCGCUGCUGCGGCGACUGCGCAGCGCGGCGCUGUGCGCGCGACGCUCGCGGUAGGCAAUCGGAUGAUUACGAUCACCCACCAACCUCUGUCUCUUUCUAUCUAAUAGGUCGAAUUUCAUAUAUGAAAGAGACUGAUGAUGACAUUUAGUUUACGUCAUGGUUGCCUUUACCUCUCUUUUAUACCACUAAAUAUGUCUCAGACGGAAAAACCGGUGUAAUAACUCCGAGUUUGCAAUGCUUUGUAACUUAUUAUACGAACGCUAAACUUUCCCGAUUUCAAUUAUUUAUGAAAUUAAUUGGAAUUUCUCGAUUCAAUGUCUGUGAGGAUGUUUUAGGGUAGAUAUGGUGUAAUAAAAAUAUUGACUCGAGAUUUUGAACGGUGUAUUAACAAUUUAUAGAUAUAUCUAAAUGUUACCAAAUUGUAAACCAUGACUUUUAUAUCCUUUUAUAAAUAAAUCGUGUUAUAUAUUACAUAUAUAUAUAUAUAUUUACCAAAAUCAUUCAUGUGCUUUGGUACAUACGUUUUUCGUUCGUAUUUUUUUUUAUAUGAAUUGACUUGUAUUGUAACCCGUAUCGCACAUUUUACAUUUACUUAUUAAAAAUAUAAACAUUUUGCUUUAUUUCGUAUUUACAUUUGCUUUUGCAUGUUUACAUAGAAAAAAAUGUAUGUACCUUAUGAAUAUAAAUCAUCCCAAAGUUAGUAGCGCGCCCAAAGAAUAUGUGUAUUGGAUAUUUAUGGUGUUGUAUAGUUGUAUAAAAAUAUAUAUACAUAACUGUAAAGUCGGUCAUUAGUUAUAGUUAUUUAUUUGCGUAGGAGUCGGGGGUUGGAGCUCUUCUUUUAAAAGUGACUUUUUAAAAGAAUGCAGCCUUGCAUGAUUAUACUAAUUAUUAUAAACUAACCUUGUUUUUCAUUUUUAACUGUGAUUAAGUUUCAUUAUUUACGGAAAAAAACAUCUUGAUAGUAACAUAAAAAAUCUUUUUUUUUUUAAAUAUUGACAUGACAAAAGUCAAACUUUGAUAACAUGAAAUAUAUUUUCGAUCUAUUUUUAUUCUAAUUUUGAACAAAGUUUGGACAUUUUGUGAGUAUUGGCGUCACUUAACUAAUACAUUUAUCGUUAAUAAUAAACCAUACUUCAUUAGCCACCGUGUUUUUUUUAAUUAGUUACCGCAUUAACGUAGUUAUAACUAUACAAAUAUAUAAAUACUCAUAACUAUGCAAUGGUCGGUGUAAAUAGGGCGAGUAAUAUAUUGACAACUUUGACAAUACUAUUUUAUAUGCUUAAUUUAAUAUUAGAUGUAUCGUAUAUGAUCGUAUAUAAUGGAAAUUGAGUAUUAUUUACUCGGAAAACUACGAUAGAUGUAAUUUGUUGGCUUGGCUCUCGAUUGUCUAGUCACUGUAAGCAGAAUUAGUAAAUACCCGUACCUACAUUACAAUUUAUUUGUUAUUCUAUAAAUUUGACAACUAUGUUAUCAGUUUAAUUAUUAACACCAUUUAUUAUUUACUUAACAAAAUUGAAGUUACUCUCGCCCUAUGUAAUUGCUUAUAUUAUGUAAUAAAUAUUUCUUAUUUAAAUUUAACCUAUUGUUGUAGUUUUGUUAAUUUAUUUCUAGAAGCACAAACGUUUAUUUGUUGUUGACACAUCGACAUGCAAUGUAACAUUACUGCUAUUGUUCAAUGUCAUCACAUCUAAUAAUAAAAACUUUCUAUUA